AUGACGAACGAACUGAAGUUUCGCACCGCAACACCCGCUGACGCGCCCCAACUCCAGCAAUUAGUGGAGUCCGCCUUUCGCGCCACAGACACCAGAGCAGACUGGAUUGAUAAUCUGGGUCUUUCCUCCAACUUCCGCAUCCACGUCGAUGAUAUUGUGGCAAUAACCACCAAGCCAGACAACGCCAUGCUAAUGGCAACUACCCAAGAUGAUACCUUGGUCGGCACCAUCGGAACUUCGAAGCGUGAUGCGGAACAUGCUCGACUUUUUUUGCUUGCGGUUGAUCACACUCAGCAGUGCGGUGGGUUAGGGCGUCGGAUUCUCGCUUAUGCUGAAAGCUAUGGUCAGCGCACAUGGGGAGUGACCUGCUGCGGAUUGAAUGCUCUAUCAAAUCGCCAGAAGCUCAUUGCUUGGUAUGCGCGUCAGGGCUAUGAGGAGACUGGUGAAACCACACCUUUUCACCGGGAGAAAUAUGCAGGCCUGGCGCUACCGAAUGACCUUUGUUUUAUUGAAUUUGAAAAGCAAUUCGCCUGA